CUCUCCUGGGAGGUUAAGGGCUGGUGCACCCGCUUUCCUGUGCUCCUCCAUCACAAGCCAGGUAAAUAGUCGAUGGGGUUGAAUUUUGAGUUGUUUCGAAAAGCCCCAUCUCUCGAGCUAUGCUUCUUCGGAAAUACCUUGUAAAAAAUUUAAAAAUGAAACCUGUGAUCCCGUACUAUUUGAUUUUUGGAUGCUUUUGGCUUGGUAUCUUUUUCGAAUCUGCUAAACAUAUUUUGGUUCACAGUGAUGCUUACCCUCAUAAGUGGGAGAAAUUAUACUUGGUUCAUCAUUGGCCAGUGACUGUCUGUAAGAUGAGUAAAAAUGAUUGCAAAGAUCCAGAAAUGUACUGGACAAUUCAUGGGCUCUGGCCUGAUAAAACAGAAGACUGUAAUAAAACCUGGCACUUCAACAUAUCUGAACUUCAGGAUAUCAUGGGAGACAUGAAGCAAUUUUGGCCAGAUGUGCUUCAUCCAAAUCAUACCAGUUUCUGGAAGCAUGAAUGGGACAAACAUGGGACUUGUGCAGCAACACUGGAAACUCUUAAUUCUCAGAAAAAGUACUUUAGUAAAGCACUGGAAUUCUAUAAAAAAAUUAACCUUAACAGUUAUCUCUUGAAAGUGGGAAUAAAACCAGGCAGUACCUACUAUGAGCUGGCAGCCAUCAGAGAUGCUCUUACAAGUGUUUACAGUGUGGAACCAAAGAUUCAGUGUCUUUCUCCAGAAGAGGGUCAACUACAAACAAUUGGCCAGAUAAAAUUCUGCCUCACCAAGGAGUUUACACUGAGAAACUGCACAGAGUCCACAUCCAUUUCUUCUUCUUACCAUGAACACUUCUUCAAAGAAGAGGAACUGUCAAUCUGCAAUGAUACCCUAACAUAUUAUCCUUCACAUUUGCAUACUUAGAAGUACUUGCAAAUGUUGCUGCCGAGAAAACAUAACCUUUUUUUUUUUUUUACUCCAGAAGAAUAUUGUGAAACUUUGCUUGAAAUGUUUAAGUUCUCCUUGUUUUGGAUGCACCACACACAAAUGCCAAUAUUGGUAUCAAAACUAUCAAAGAUGGAGAGGAUUCAUUUCUGUGGAUUAAUUCUUCUCUACAUUUGUGCUACUAAAUUACCAUUGCUUCUGUUUUUUAAAAGUGAACUUAAUACAUUUUAGGAAUUUCUUCUUCAAGUUAAGUGGUUCUAAAUACUUUUACCUGCCAGUGAUUUCAGUAAACCAGACUUUCAAGUUAGUAGGUACUUGCCUCAGGUUUUUAUGUAGUAACUUAAAGGGUGUGAAAACUUUCCCCAAAGAACUUAAUCAUUUCUGCUGUGCAAAUACUAUUGGCAACAAUGAAGGUGCAAUACUCAUAUUCAGAAAAGGUAAUUUUUUUUUAAGAUUGCACUUUCGGAGGUAACUAUCAGUUGUCAGUGAAUCUCCUUGAAGUAAUGGGGGCUUUUUGUUAAUUCUCAAGAUAUUGAGUGAUUUAUUUUCCUUGUUGGGUUCCAGGUCUCUAUCUUCAUUUCUGUUUUUAUGGUCAAGCCCUGAAUAUCCAGUACUGGUUAUGAUAGCAUUUCUGUUUGUUUCUACUAAAUACAUUUAAGUAGUUUUCUACUCUAAAUGUUCUGUGGUAGCAAUCUGCAAUAUUGUAUUGCACAACUGCUGCCUUUCAGUUUUCAGCUGUUUCUUUAAGCUUAUUAAUUGCAUUGUGUGUCACUUGCUGAUCUAUUGUAGGCUUAAAAAGCGUAGAACAGAUUGUGGUUUUAAGCAAGAAGUACACUACCUAGCCCUUUUGCAGUGAUUUAUGCUUGACAUAUUUUUUAAUUCUGAAUUGCCAAUAUAAAUCUCAAAGGGUGAAAUUUUGCAAACAAAACAUCUAUCACUUUUGGGAUUCUUCCCCAGUUUUGAGUUCUAGCCUAAAUUUUUGAGUUCUGGGUUCCAUGUAUGAGAUUUAAAAUCACCUGGAUUUUAUCUAAUCUAAUUUUUACCAUCAAAAAUAAUUUGAAAAGAUUCAGGGUCCAUUUAUCUCUGACAGAAUCCAUCACUUUCAAAUAUAUGGGGAAAACCAUGUAACUGAUGCAUACGGAAAGCUGUUGUGUGCACGCGUACACACACACACGCACGCACACACUUUUCUUUCUUUUUUAAAAAAGGAGCUAGCAGGGAGCAAUUAUGUGUUGCUUUUAAAUCUAAGUUAUCUCUGUAAGCUAGUAAUGUGCCUUAAAUGGUACCCUUCACAGACAUAUGAUUUCCCCGCCCCCUGUAUAUAGAAUGGUGGCUGUUUAUACCAAUAAAACUACUAUUUGCAUAUGA